CGGUUGUCAUGGCAACGAUAUUGCAACAACCAUUUGUCAGAGGUUUUGAGUUUAUUUUUCAGUUAAUUUUAUAAUAUGGAGUUAAUUUAGCAAUUUACAAAGGAUGUCAGUUCUCAGUCUCGUGCCAGAAGAGAAACGAAAAGAUCAAAGAUCGUCUUUAGAGAGUGUAUACAGCAGUAACUCCAGACUGAAUUUGUUAAACAAACGGAAGCGCUAUACUCCGGACAUGUCAACAUCGUCUAAGGGUGAUAAAUAUGUGACACAGAGAGUGCUCUCAGCUAAGACGCAUCGUGUUAAACAACUGCAAAAUCAGCUGGCGGACGCACACUAUCAUUUACAGGAGCUUAGUAACGAGAACAAAGUACUCCGGGCCUUGCAAAAGAAACAGGAAAUUGCUCUGCAGAGAUACGAGAAUUCAAACGCAGAACUGCCCCAGGUGUUGAGUUCUCACAGCGAAGAGAUGCGAAUCCAGCAAUGCAAGUACAAGCAGCUGAAGACACAGUACAAAGAUAUCACACAGAAGUUGAAGGAGAGGGAAAUGCAGUUGCAGCAGUUGAGGGACGAACACCUGCAUCUAGUUGAACUUAGCAAGGAUAGGAAUCUGUUAGAACGGGAGAAGUUACAAUCUCAAGUAACGGAACUGAAUGCGAAGGUUCAACAACAGACUGAAACUAUAAACAUGCUACAAAGACGAAUAGCGCUCGAGGCGAAAAACUUCAAACACCAACUACAGAACGAAAUGAACAAACACAAAGACACUAGACACGAUCUGGAUCUUGCUAUAAGCAAUGCUGAUAAACUAUCUACCAUUAUAGAGAUGAAAGAGAAAAUGCUUAGUACAGUCGCCGGUAGAGGGGGCAAGUCGCCAACAAAAGUAGCUUCAGUGACUAACAUAAGAUCGGUAAGCAAAAACACAAGAGACACGGGAAAAGUGAACGACGAACGUGACGGUGCGGUGCAUAUGGAUCAAAAUCUUUUAGCAAAGCUCUGUGAAAAUUCACGAAACCUCAGUAGUUCGCUGUCACACGAAGAAGACACGAGCUCGUCAACCGAAACACGCUCGCGGUACGUCUCCAGCCGCACCUCCACCAGUAACAGAACAACCCCCAGUCAAAACAGAAGAGGUUCCAAAGGCUCCGUUGAGAUAACUGAGUUGGCGAAAACUGUACAAGAAGGAAUGGCGGACUUAGCGAUAGUUGACGAUACGUUCCAAGAAUCGACACCUGAAGAGAUGCAAAAGAAGAUGGAAGCGAUGAAACAGGAUCUUAUGAAUAAAAUAAAAAAUAACGAAGAACCCAUAUCGCGGAAGUCCAGCGCCAUAAGACGGAAGUCGACGGAAGAGUCCAUCGAGGAAGAAAUAAUAGAAGUCAUAGAACGACCCAAAUCAAGAGGCAGGAGGAAUUCUACGGUGUCAUUUUACGACAGCUCAGACACGAUCAACUAUAGCACCGGCGACGAUAUAGAGAAAGUUCAGAAUAAAAACCGCACGGAGCGGAAAUUGUCGGGGAAACAUAUCGAUAAGUACUGCAAAGACAUCAUCCAAGAUAUAGAGAAGAGCAGCAAGGUCAUCGACGUGCACAUGAAACAGUUCAGUCAGUCGAAGUUUGCCGGCGAUAAGUUGGUGGAGCAGCUGCAGGCCGUGGACCAACUCAACCAAUACGUCAACGGAAGCGGAGACAUACCCGACGAGGCCUUCGCAGAGUUGAAUAAUAACUUCAAAAUGCUCACCGACCAAGUGUUGAACGAAGCGCCCGUCACCAAGAAGAGGCUGUCGAGCAGACGCGGCUCCCGAAUAAAUUCAGCCAAUGAUCUCCUCGGUGACGGGAAUAUGUCCAAUCAGGAUUUGCUCGACGAUUUACUCGGAAAGAAAUGACAUAUGAUGAUUCUGAUAAGUUAGUCUGAUUGUUUUUGCUGUGAUGGCAAUAGUAUUUUAUAGAUAUUUUUUAUAAAAAACGUCAUACUGUCCGCAAGAAAAUGCGCUAUUGAUAGGCAAUUGAAUUGUAAGUUAGUAUUUAUAACAGAAGCGUGUUUUACUGAAAUUGUUAAUACAUUUUUAAACUAGUUACAGAUUUAUAGAUUUUAUAAUGUAAUAAAUUUCAAUAAUCUCCAUAAAAGAAAUAUAAAGUUUGGAUGAAAAAUAAUUGCACGCAAACAAAGAAAUUUCUUUCCUCUACAAAAAAAAAAAAAACCUAGGUUCAUAAUAAAUAAAUUUAUGACUGAUUUCGAUCGAAUACAACUAAA